AUGGACAGCAGAAUAAAGGAGAAUCCUGAGAGAACAUUUGAACUUGCUCUACAGGUGGCUUGCCCUUCGUCCGAAGAUGAAGAUCCAACAGUGCUGUGGAAGUUCCCCCAGGACUUCGGAGACCAGGGGGUCCUGCAGACAGUGCCUAAGUUCUGUUUCCCCUUUGACUUGGAAAGAGUGUCCCAGAAUCAGGUGGGUCAGAACUUCACGUUUGUGCUCACCGACAUCGACAGCAAGCAGAGGUUUGGCUUCUGCCGCCUGACUUCAGGAUGCCGGGUGUGCAUCUGUCUGCUCAGCUAUCUUCCAUGGUUUGAGAUUUACUAUAAGCUGCUAAAUACCCUUGCAGACUACUUGUCAAAACAUCAGGAAAAUGACUUGAAUGACAUGUUGGAAUCAUUGCAUAGCCUUCCCGUGCCAAAGCCCCACACUCCUGUGAAUCUGAGCGUGCAUUCAUACUUCAUAGCCCCUGAUCUUAACGGACUUCCCACCAUCCCUGAAAGUAGAAAUUUGACAGAAUAUUUUGUGGCGGUGGACGUGAACAACAUGUUGCAACUCUAUGCCAGUAUGCUGCAUGAGCGGCGAAUUAUUAUUACCUCAAGCAAGCUUAGCACUUUAACUGCCUGUGUUCAUGGAUCUGCCUCCAUGCUCUAUCCAAUGUACUGGCAGCACAUCUACAUCCCAGUGAUUCCUCCUCAUCUACUGGACUACUGCUGUGCCCCCAUGCCAUAUUUGAUUGGUGUUCAUCUCAGUCUGUUGGACAGGGUAAAAAGCCGAUCGCUUGAGGACGUAGUCAUUCUGAAUGUGGACACAAACACGCUGGAAUGCCCCUCGGACGAUCUGCGUAACCUACCUAGUGAUGUGAUCUCCACUCUGAAGAGUAAGCUGAAGAAACAGUCGACGGCGACAGGCAGCGGCGUGGCCCGAGCUUUCCUGCGUGCUCAGGCCGCUCUCUUCGGCUCCUACCGCGAUGCCUUGAGAUACAAACCCGGAGAGCCCAUCACCUUUUGCGAGGAGAGCUUCGUAGCUCAUCGGUCAAGCACCAUGAGGAAUUUCCUCGAGAUGGCCGUGAACCUUCAGCUUUUCAAACAGUUCAUUGAUGGCAGACUGGCAAAAUUAAACGCAGGAAGGGGCUUCACAGACGUCUUUGAGGAAGAAAUUACACACGGAGGCUUCAGUGGAAGUAGCUCAAAGUCUUAUCAGCAGUGGAUGCACACGGUGAAGAGCAAGGAAAGAGCAAGUCCUGUCAUGAAAACUGCGUACAAGCAGGCCAAAAGUCGAGCCAAGAGAGGCAUCACUGAGAUGAAGAGCAAGUUGAAAACAAAGGAGACUGAUGAGGAGAAUAGUCCAGUUCGACCGGGGUCUCCCACCAGCACUAAAAGCCUUUCACCCAGGAGACACCACAGGAGAAGCCGAUACCAUCCACACAGACAGUUCCCGACCAGUGUUUGUGACAUUGACGAUGACGAACUUGACAAUGCCAGCAAGGUCUCCUCUGAGGACAGUGGGGAGGUCCGUUCUUUCACAGAGGACAGUGAUGAUGACUCAUACGAGUUGGACAUGGACACCGAGAAGAGUGGUCAGAUGAACCUGCUGGAGGAGAUUCUGGAUUCUCUGAGCACCAGCAAUAUUGAGCAGAGCAAACUCUCAGCAGCCAAGAGCCUGGACUUUUUCAGGUCCAUCGAGGACAUCGACUACAGCAGCAGCAGCACAGUAAAAUCUCCCAGAAGUAGCAGUCCUGCCCACAUAGGUUCCAGUGGCUGCUCCGGCAGUGGGGAUCCAGGGAGCUGGAACUUGGGACAGGACGACAGUGCCGUCCAUGGCAAGCACCUGCCCCCCUCCCCACGCAGACGCGCCAGUCCCAACUCCCAGCCCGCCCCUGCUCCGCCCCAGAUCGCCAUCUCCACCGCCGAGCCCUCUGAGUCUCCACCCCGGAGCCCCAACGCCAAGGAGACCCAUCCACCCGCUCCUCUGCUCUCCACCCUCCAAACAGAGACGACGUCUAGCGCUGCCGUGCGUUCUGAGUCACCGCCCGAGUCUCCGCAGAGCUCUGACUCCCAGCAGCCUGCCUGCACUGCCCUCCGGAGGAAGAUCCUUUCCAAAGAGACGCUGAAGCACUAUCAGGAACUUGCUCACAGCAUGACGGCAGCGCAAGGCGGACGACAAUCCUCGGUGCUGGUGCCGUGGGAGAAAGAAGAAGGAGCUGAGGAAGAGGAGCAAGACGAUAAGGGGAGCAGAGAAGAGGAGACGAAUGAGGAAAAAGGUCUUUUGGAGGAGAUCGAGUCCGUGUGCCGUUUUAGCAUGGCCCUAAAUACAAACCUCUUUGUAGAUGAGCGCACGCAGAUCCACAAUAACUCUGUGGACAAAUCCUGA